AUGAAUCAUGAACUGAAUGUAACGUACAUAACUCUUGACGGCUACCUGGAGGUGAGCAAAUACAGAUAUGUUUAUUUUACUGUUAUGCUUGUGGCUUAUAUUCUCAUUGUUUGCUCUAAUUUCACUAUUGUGUGCAUCAUAGUGAGUCACAGAAACCUUCAUGAGCCGAUGUUUGUCUUCAUUGCUGCUCUGUUGAUCAACUCUGUUCUUUUUAGCACCAUGAUCUAUCCGAAGCUUAUAACCGACAUUUUAUCUAAAGAACAGAUCACAUCUUACCAAACUUGCCUCUUUCAGUGGUUUCUAUAUUACUUCUUAGGUGGUUCAGAGUUUUUUCUUUUAGCAGCCAUGGCCUAUGACAGGUAUGUGUCAAUCUGUAAACCUCUGCUGUAUCCAACUAUCAUGACAAAAACAACUGUCAGUAUUUUUCUGCUUCUAUCUUGGCUUUUACUAAUUUGUGUGACCGCAGUGCCAGUUGUACUGAGUGCCAACACUAAGCUCUGUAACUUUACUUUCAAGGGAAUUAUCUGUAGCAGCACAGUUCAAAAGCUUCGCUGCGUCAGAUCAAUAGUUUUACAUAUUUACGGCUUGGUGGCUGUGGUAGUUGUCAUAGUAUUCCCUGUACUUUUCAUCGUUUUCACCUACAUCAGGAUAUUUAUAAUAUCCUACAGGAGCUGCAGAGAAGUGAGAACAAAAGCCGCACAGACCUGUUUACCUCACCUGCUGGUUUUAUUGUACUUUUCCUGCUUGAUCGCUUUUGACAUAAUUUUAACUCGACUGGAUUUCGACUUUCCCAAAUCUGUACGUUUAAUCAUGACAUUGCAAGUCAUCGUGUGUGAACCUCUCUUUAAUCCAAUCAUAUACGGACUGAAAAUGAAAGAAAUAAAUAAACAUCUCAAGAUCUCAUUCAGAAAAUUAUCCAAACAGGCUAACGACCCGCCCGCCGACACCCGGACCGGAUACAGGCUCUCUUCGCCGGCCCCGCACGAUUGUUUGUCGGCCGCUAGCUCCGGUAGCAGCCGGGAGUUCUACAUUUACAUGACGGCUUGUUCUGUUCGCGGCUGCGGGGGAGAGCUGCUGCUUCUCGGGAGGUUUUAG